CUCCUUACCUUGCUGGCUGCAAACUGGGAAGACCAAGGACCACGGAGCCAUUAAAAAAUAAUAACAACAUAACGUCACUGGAAGAGGUUAUGUUGUGUCAUUUUAAUAAAUUAAUUUUAUUCUUUGUAAGAAUACAAAAUAUCGAAUUCCGGGUUAAACAAUUAGACUUUUCUACGUUACUACGAUAUCUGUUGUAGCUUUAUGUGACGAAAGGACUUAAUUACGUCAUAAAAAUGUCUAAAACUCCUACAGAGAAACCUGGAGAAGGAAUUCGAUCUAUGAGAUCUAGUACAGCCUUCCGAGUAAUCAAUUUUGAAUUAUACGCCAAGCCAAAUAUAGUUAUAAUGAGUUUAGGUUUAACAUGUUUUGGCAUUGCUAUUGGUUAUCUUACUUAUAUGAGGUCGAAAUAUGAAUCCAUGGGAUAUUACGCAGCUGUUGACAAGGAUGGAAAAGAAAUAUUUGAAAAGAAGAAAUCAAAAUGGGACUGAUAGUUGAUCCUGUGUAAAAAAAAUUGAAAAUAAAGGUGUAUAGUAUUUAUUUUGUAAUGAUUAGGUAUAGCUUGACCUAUGUAGUUAAAUAAUUUUACUUUUUGCAAUAUAAA